UCGUACAUAUUUACACUAUACCUUAUAAUAACAAAUCAUUUUAAGUAGAAGGUUUACUAAGGAAGAAAUUAUGAAAUUAAUCGUCUGUACGGUCGUUCUUGCUCUUUUUGCACAUUGUAAUGGCCAAGCGUACGUGAAGAAUAUAAACAAAUACGUGGACGAGAUCCUCCACGAUAGAUUUCAAGAGGAGACAAAUCGCAGAUUAUUCGAUUCUUUCUUCUUACACUAUAAUGUAAUGGCGGAUAUCAGAAUCAGAUUCUACGGAGGAAAAAUAAAAAAUAUACAUGAUUUCAAGAAGCUAAGAGCCUGCGCUGAUGUGGUACGAUUCAAAGAAAUUUCCAUCGGAUGCUACUUUACUUUUCACUCUUUAAUUGCGGAAUACAUUGGAGAAUUUAAAAUUGAAGAAAAUACGGUUCUGAAUUUUCUUGCGGUAAGCCACAUCGGUCCUACUAACUUGUACGUCGAUAUUUCUACCACCCCCCAACGCGAUAAGGUUACCCUCACCAGAUUCAUCGUGACGUAUGUUGGAACGAUAACUACGGAGUUUUCGAACAUGGAGUAUGCAGAUGAGGUCUUCAGAAAUCAUACACAAAUCAAAUUGGGCUAUCAGGUAAGGCGCAAUUUGAUCGAAAUGUUUCUUACGUCCUUCUGGGAUUCUUUCAAAUCAUCUCUCUCUCGUCAGUUCCCUUCCCCUGAUGAAUGAUUACAGAUUACUUAAGCUAUUUUUGCAUUUCUUAUAUUGUAUAACACUUGUUUUCUGUAUCAUUACUGUAUUCAAAUUCUAUUGAUGUAAUUGUAAUCUGAGAAAUCUUGUUUUAAAAAUUAA